GACGGGGGGGGGCGCCCUCGGAGCCGGGAGGAGGGGAGGGGGGAAAGAGGAGCGCAGAGUGAGAGUGAGCCGGACGCUCCGGGAGGCAAGGGGGGCGGGGGGAGCAGCGUCGCGGCUGCCGCCGCCUCCGCCUCCGCCUCCGCCGCCUGGGACAAGGGGGUGGGGGACGGAAGAGUCCCGAUGCCGGGGGAGACGGAAGAGCCGAGACCCCCGGAGCAGCAGGACCAGGAAGGGGGAGAGGCGGCGGCGGCCAAGGCGGCUCCGGAGGAGCCCCAGCAACAGCCCCCUGAGGCGGCGGCGGCGGCGCCUGCGGGGACCACUAGCAGCCGCGUGCUGAGGGGAGGCCGGGACCGCGGCCGGGCCGCUGCGGCCGCCGCCGCCGCCGCUGUGUCCCGCCGGAGGAAGGCCGAGUAUCCCCGCCGGCGGAGGAGCAGCCCCAGCGCCAGGCCUGCCGACGCCCCAGGGCAGCAGUCCCAGGCCGCGAAGCCCCCAUCUCCAGCUCAGGGCAAGAAGAGUCCGCGACUCCUAUGCGUAGAAAAAGUAACAACCGACAAAGAUCCCAAGGAAGAGAAAGAGGAAGAAGAUUCUACCCUCUCUCAGGAAGCUUCCGUUGCUGCAACUAGGCCUAGCCGGGGCUGGCGCAGCAGUAGCAGGACGUCUGUCUCUCGGCAUCGUGACACAGAGAACACCCGAAGCUCUAGGUCCAAGACUGGUUCGUUGCAGCUCAUCUGCAAGUCAGAGCCAAAUACAGAUCAGCUUGAUUAUGAUGUUGCAGAAGAGCAUCAGUCUCCAGGUGGCAUUAGUAGUGAUGAGGAGGAGGAGGAAGAAGAAGAAAUGUUAAUCAGUGAAGAGGAAAUACCAUUCAAAGAUGACCCAAGAGAUGAGACCUAUAAACCGCACUUAGAAAGGGAAACCCCAAAGCCACGGAGAAAAUCUGGGAAGGUGAAAGAAGAAAAAGAGAAGAAGGAAAUUAAAGUGGAAGUAGAGGUAGAGGUGAAAGAAGAAGAGAAUGAAAUUAGGGAGGAUGAGGAACCUCCUAGGAAGAGAGGAAGAAGGCGAAAAGAUGACAAAAGUCCACGAUUACCCAAAAGGAGAAAAAAGCCUCCAAUCCAGUAUGUCCGUUGUGAGAUGGAAGGAUGUGGAACCGUUCUUGCUCACCCUCGCUAUUUGCAGCACCACAUUAAAUACCAGCAUUUGCUGAAGAAGAAAUACGUAUGUCCCCAUCCCUCCUGUGGGCGACUCUUCAGGCUCCAGAAGCAACUUCUCCGACAUGCCAAACAUCAUACAGAUCAAAGGGAUUAUAUCUGUGAAUAUUGUGCUCGGGCCUUCAAGAGUUCCCACAACCUGGCAGUGCACCGGAUGAUUCACACUGGCGAGAAGCCAUUACAAUGCGAGAUAUGUGGAUUUACUUGUCGGCAAAAGGCAUCCCUUAAUUGGCACAUGAAGAAGCAUGAUGCAGACUCCUUCUACCAGUUCUCUUGCAAUAUCUGUGGCAAAAAAUUUGAGAAGAAAGACAGCGUAGUGGCACACAAAGCAAAAAGCCACCCUGAGGUGCUGAUUGCCGAAGCUCUGGCUGCCAAUGCAGGCGCCCUCAUCACCAGCACAGAUAUCUUGGGCACUAACCCAGAGUCCCUGACACAACCUGCAGAUGGUCAGGGUCUUCCUCUUCUUCCUGAGCCCUUGGGAAACUCCACCUCUGGAGAGUGCCUCCUGCUAGAAGCUGAAGGGAUGUCAAAGUCAUACUGUAGUGGGACGGAACGGGUGAGCCUGAUGGCUGAUGGGAAGAUCUUUGUGGGAAGUGGCAGCAGUGGGGGCACUGAAGGGCUGGUCAUGAACUCGGAUAUACUCGGUGCUACCACAGAGGUUCUGAUUGAAGAUUCAGACUCUACUGGACCUUAGUGGAAGGGAAGACUUUGGGCACUGGGACAGCUCAGACUUUGUAUUUAAAAGAUAAAAAGGACAAAAAAAAUUUAAAGCAUUUAAAAUCUAGUAAAAUAACUGAAGGGCCUGCUCUUUCCAUUGUGGAUCACAGCACACACACACACACACACACACACACACACACCUCCUGCUAUUGUCCCCUUUAUAAAAUUGAUGUUGCCUUUACCAGAAAGGUAGAUUUAAAAAAAAAAAAAAGAAGAAGCUCUUAAAGUGAGGGUUAUACUCAGUUCCAGCCAGGCAGACUGCCUGCUCGUCGGCAGAUCCCUUUUUCCAACCUGUAACUCUGAUGUGCUCUGGAUCAGCUUUUAACUCUUAAUAGUAUAUUACUGUCCUCCAAACUCCUUCUCCUCCUUUACUGCUGCCCCAUAGUUCUGGCUUCUACCUACUGCAGCACACUUAUCCUCAAAGUAUCACAUAAUUCUAAUCUGGAGGCUUGCAGCUUGACUUGGCACUUUAGGGCCCCUUAGCAGGGUGAGCUGUUAAAACAGCGCACAUCUCUCACCCCCUUUUCCUCCAUUCCCCAUUGGGUUUAGGAAAGGAAGGAUAUGUGGGGACCAUCUCCCUCCUCUGACCCCAGCACCUCAGUCCCCCUCCCAACACCUCCAUAUGGUUCUCAAUGGUGCUCACUUGCUUGGAAGCAGGCUCCCAACAGGGAGGGGGCUGCCCUCUCUAUGUGGUCUCUCUGACCAUAAGACAGGGCUCUGGAUCAGUGAGAAAAGUCCCAGACUAAUGGCAGAAAUUUGCACUUUGAACAUGUGUGUUUUUGUGUUGUGGAACCUGAGAUUCCUUAUUUAUUAAUGGAAAAUCUGAUUUUUUUUUUUUUUUUUUGUCUUUGUUGCUAUAUUUUGUGGGGCUGGGAGAGGUUAGAUUAUUCUGAUAUGGUCCUUUCCAUAAGAGGUACUUUUUGAAGGCAAGAUACAGAGUUGAAGAAGCACAGCCAGCCUCUAUAAAAUCAUAGCUCUCCAGUGGCCUUUAAAGAAAGCUGGUCCUCAGCACUAACAAAAUCACUACAGUAGCCUAGUUGCUUUUCCAGGAGCCUUUUUAGGGAAGGGUGUUAGGUUUGUGGUAAUUAGUGCUCUUUGAGUUUUUAGAGCAUUGAGACUUAGGAAUUUUGAGGGGGUGAGGAAGGUGGUUCAGGGUCUGAUUACAGAUAAAAGAUUAUCUCUUGUGAAUUUGUUUAUUUUUUCUUUUGUCCCCAUCAUUUCUUUACACAUCCCUCCCUACUGGCCCAACUCUGGCCCCUUGCUUAACAGCUUUCCCUUUGCUUUAUCAUUGGUUCAUUCCAGCUCUCAAUUAGUGAAGGACACUGCCGUUAGUGAAGGAAUAGUCUGUGAGUCAUACAGUUUUAAGUCAAAGAAAAUUGCUCUGUUUUGUUUCUCUUUUACUUAACACUUCAGAAGAGGAAAGGCUUCAGUAGACAAAGUUAAUAAUCUGGAUAAUAACGGCUUUGGCUUUCACCUGAAAUUCUGGGAAUUACCACUUCCCUCAAGAAUAGGGAUUUUCAUGGAGUGGAUUGCUUAUUACUGUCCAUGGGAGAGACAGGUAGUGUUUUUGUACAAGUUUUCGUAACUCCUAGAAGACUAAAAACAUAUUUUGGCUCAUUUUUAAAGAAUUAGAAGGGCAAUCCCUAUCCUCCUUUGUACCUCGGAAGCUGGAAUUAAAGAUUUGCCCUGUUCAUUGUUUGUCAGAAAUGUAUGAUGGCUGUUGGAAAGAAUGAAGUUUUGCCAAGAACAAAA